UCCUCAUUAGUACUAUUCUAAACUCAAUUUAAUUAUACUUAACUAAUUAAAUUACGAACUCACUCUGUUUCUUCUCUCUAUCAUUCUUUUUAUAUAUUUAUCUCCAUCCUUCAUCAUGCAUUACUCUCACAACGUCUACCACUAGCUCCAACUCUCCUCUUCAAACUUUCACACAUAAACCAAUCAGACACACGUCUACAGCACGAUUUGCUCACUUUAUAAGUAGAGAGAUCAAUCACUCAUGGUCUCAGAAGCGGUUUCGAAGAUGGAAUCACCACCGUUGAUUGGACCUCGUAUCUCAUUCUCAGCUGAUUUAUCCGACGGUGGAGAUUUCAUCUGCAUCAGCCCUGUAAUCUGCAAAGAGCUAGAGAGAGAAGUCGUUAAAGGGUCGGUGAAAGUCUCCGACUUUGAGUUCUUGUCGGAGAAUGUGACUCCACAGAGGAUGCACACCGCCGACGAGCUCUUCUCCGAAGGAAAGUUGCUUCCUUUCUGGCAAGCAAAGCACUCGGAGAAGCUUAAAAACGUUAACUUGAAGACCAAGGAAGACGAACAGAGUCGUAACGUCGAAGUGACGAUGAAGAGUAAUAACGAUAACAGGGUGAGUUGGUUUAUAGACGAAGACCCAUCUCCUCGUCCUCCUAAAUGCACUGUUCUCUGGAAAGAGCUUUUGCGGUUGAAGAAACAGAGGAACUCCUCUGCUUCUUCUUCGGUGAGGACUGUGUCUUCGUUAUCUCCGUCUUCUUCCACGUCAUCAUCGAGCUCGCUUGAGAGAGAGGAGAGAGAGAAGGAAGGGAAGAGAGGUAAGAAAGGGUUAGAGAGGACGAGAUCGGCGAGCAUGAGGAUAAGGCCGAUGAUUCACGUCCCUGUUUGCACUCCUUCUAAAUCCUCUGUUCCGUUGCCUCCUCUGUUUCCUCUUUCUCUUAAGAAGAACAGAGCAGAGAAACGCACUUGAGAAAAGUUCGAAUCUUUAUUUCAAUAUGACACAUUAGUGGUUAAUCUGUCAUGUAAUAUGUAACUCUAAUGCAUUUGAUCAAGCUUUUAUUCAGAUGUUGUGUUGAGAUCUAAGUUCCUCUGUUCUUAAUCUGUAAUUUCAUCUGUUUUUUUUUUCUUGAUUCAAAAAAGUAUGUCAUUAUCAACAGAUGAAGAUGUGAUUUAGAUGUGUUGUA